AGCAGUUCUCUCAUUGGUCCACAAGUCGGUGGCGCCAAGAAAGCAGGAAGUCAUUAUUGUAAACACAGAAGAGGAGUGUUUUCAUGCCGCCGUAAGGAGUUUCUUCGUUUACAUUAUUCUACUUUAGCUGUUUAUCAAGAUGGAUGCACAGUCAUAUCUUCCCGUACAACCCGGCGUCUGUAUGAAAGAACAUUUCUUCUCUUUGGACGACAUUUUGCUCUCGCACGAGAGGCUUCCUAUCCGGACAGAGGUGACUUUUCCUAGGCUUGGAUUUCUGGACAAGUCGUGCGACUCGUCGGACAUUUUAGAGGGCACGAAGAUGGAGUUUCCUUUGUGGCUUUCCAAAGGUUUGUAUGAGCAAAAUAAAGGCAUGCUGUCAGUGGAGCUGCCCAAGAUUUACAGACAAGGCUGGAGAACGGUGUUCAACGCAGACCCAGCUGUGGUGGAUUUACAUAAGCUGGGGCCGUACUACUAUGGACUGGGAUCCCAGAUGCUGCACUUCGACAGUCCAGAGAACCCGGAAAUUGCUCACACCCUGCUUCAGACAUUUAUCGGGCGAUUCAGACGCACCAUGGACUCUUCCCAGAACGCCUACAACGAGGACACGUCAGCGCUGGUGGAGCGUCUGGACUGUCUGGAGAAGGUCCUGUUCCGCUUGGGUCAGAGAGGCCUGAACAGCUUCCAGAGCUGGGAGAGAGGUCAGGCGUCCCAGCUCACCGCCUCCAGCCUGGUGCUCAACUACCGCAAGAGGAAGAUAACGGACCUGCAGUAGCCACCUACUUCCUGUCUGCUCUUCCCGGUCUAAACGAGGGAUGACCUGUGAUUGGCCUUUACAAGACGAAGCAAUCACUGAUACCAGAUCAGCUCACAGACACACAAACUCCAUGACUCUCAGAAGAAGCAAACACAAACACCAGCUAAUUUGGCUAAAUGUAAACACCACAUCAGCAACCUUCUAGGAAUAAAACCUU